AAAGGUGGUGGUAUCAGGUAUCUUUAGGAACGGAGCCCCGUGACCUCCUAUGCAUGCAUUGCGGGUUGCAGUACGUCGUAGACAACAGAGCAGAAGAGCAGAAAGUCAAUACUUGUUGAAAAAGAGUUCCUUCCCGUAAACGGCCCAACCAUGGCUCAAUUGCGAAUGAAAGCAGGAAAAUGUCCAACUGAUGAAUUGUCCUUUUCCAACUGUGCCGUCACCAGUCAAAGUGAUUUCCCAGAUGACGUUAAGCACAUUGAGGUGUCAACUGGACCCUCACAGCAUUUUGUCUUUACAAUCAAGUCACAUUAUGAGGUGCAGCCUGGUACCAUUGGGUUUAGUUUGCCUCAGCGAAAGUGGGCUAGUUUGUCGCUUGGGCAGGAUAUUACUGUCCGCCCCUACUACUUCAACUCUACAUCCAGCUUCCAGUGUCUCAGCAGUGCUGUGCUAGAAGUUGAUUUUCUUCAAAAAAAAUCAGCAAACACUGACCCCAUUGAUUCUAAUCAGAUGGCAAAGGACUUUUUAUCGCAGUUUACUGGUCAAGCAUUCACUGUUAGUCAACAGUUGGCAUUCAAUUUUGCUGGAGGAAAAAAGCUUUUAUCCGUUGUUGUGAAGAGCUUAGAAGCUGCUGACUUAAAUGCAAUUAAAACUGGUCAAAAUGCCCAACCAUGUCCCACUCGAAUGGGGAGACUUCUGGCUGAUACUGCAAUCCAGUUUGAAAAAGCUGAAGGCUCUUCAGUCAAUCUGGUUGGAACUGCUAAAGGGAAAGUUGUUCGUCAAUCCAUCAUAAAUCCAGAUUGGGAUUUCCAGAGAAUGGGUAUUGGUGGUUUGGAUACGGAGUUCAAUGCUAUCUUCAGGAGAGCCUUUGCGUCCCGUGUGUUUCCCCCUGAAGUUGUUGAACAGCUUGGCUGUAAGCAUGUAAAAGGCAUCCUUUUGUAUGGACCUCCCGGAACUGGUAAAACUCUGAUGGCUCGUCAAAUUGGAAAAAUGCUCAAUGCAAGGGAACCCAAAAUCGUGAAUGGUCCCCAAAUUCUUGACAAAUAUGUGGGAGAGUCUGAGGCUAAUGUUCGUCGCUUGUUUGCGGAUGCCGAAGAAGAAGAAAAACGAUUGGGUCCAAACAGUGGCCUACAUAUUAUCAUCUUUGAUGAAAUCGAUGCAAUCUGUAAAGCUCGAGGAUCGGUUGCUGGUAACACAGGUGUUCAUGACACUGUUGUCAAUCAACUCUUGGCUAAAAUUGAUGGUGUGGAGCAAUUGAACAACAUUCUUGUGAUUGGCAUGACUAAUCGACGGGACAUGAUUGAUGAGGCUCUUUUACGGCCUGGUCGUCUUGAGGUUCAAAUGGAGAUUGGCCUACCAAAUGAAAAUGGACGCAACCAGAUUUUGAAUAUUCAUACAGUAAGAAUGAAGGAGUACAAGAAAAUUGCUGGAGAUGUAGAUUUGAAAGAAUUGGCUACACUCACUAAGAACUUCAGUGGUGCUGAGCUCGAGGGUUUGGUUCGUGCUGCGCAGUCUACUGCGAUGAAUAGGCUCAUUAAAGCUGCAAGCAAAGUAGAAGUUGAUCCAGAGGCGAUGGAAAAGCUUCUUGUUAAUCGUGGAGAUUUCUUACAUGCUCUUGAGCAUGAUGUCAAGCCUGCAUUUGGAUCAAGUGCUGAGGCCCUUGACCAUUACCUUGCUAGAGGCAUUAUAACUUGGGGAACACCAGUUAGUGGUUUACUUGAAGAUGGUAUGCUUCUCAUUAAUCAAGCUCGUUCUACAGAGUCCUCCGGCCUUGUAUCUGUGUUGCUUGAAGGUCCUCCGAACUCCGGUAAAACUGCUCUUGCUGCACAAUUAGCCAAGAACUCUGAUUUCCCUUUUGUCAAAGUUUGUUCUCCCGAAGAAAUGGUUGGAUUUACAGAAUCAUCAAAAUGUCUCCAAAUUCGCAAAUACUUCGAUGAUGCUUAUCGCUCAGUGUUGAGCUGUGUCCUGGUGGAUAAUAUUGAACGCCUCCUCGAUUAUGGCUCCAUUGGGCCCCGCUACUCCAACCUUACUCUGCAAGCACUUCUUGUUUUACUCAAAAAAGAGCCUCCACGUGGCAGAAAACUGCUUGUGUUAUGCACCACAAGUCGCAAGGAAGUCUUGAAAGACAUGGAGAUGCUGUCUUGCUUCACAGCUGUCCUUCAUGUUCAUAGCCUCACUAAGCCUGAACACUUGAUAGCGGUUUUGGAGGAGUCUGAUGUUUUCAGCAAGAGAGAAAUUCAAGAUAUUGCCCGCAAGCUUCAGGGACAAAAAUUGUUUAUUGGCAUCAAGAAACUACUGGCCCUGCUUGAUAUGGCUCGCCAGACAGAACAGCAGUAUCGAGUCAUCAAGUUCCUUACAAAACUUGAAGAAGAAGGUGGUCUUGAUACAGGAUCUUCUUUACACUAGGCAGAGGAUAACAGGAAGCAUACAAAAAUGUGCAGUAUUUUCAGCUGCUGCUCAAAUUGUUGUAAUUUGAUCUAAUCUUGUUUGUAGACUGUCGCAGGAUUUAUUUCAGGAUGAAAAACUUCUACCUGAGCUAGUCAAGCCUAAAGCUUUUGAUGUUGCAUCUUAGGUUGUGCAGUACUAAAACAAUCAAUUGAUUUUGUAUAACAAUUUUUGUUCAUAGUAAAUGGAACAUACACAUUCCUUAACUUAAAUCAAUAAAGUGCUUGACCUAGCGUGCAUGAAGUGCAAUAUCUGAACUUAAAGUAAAUGUAAGGAAUUAAGUCACUAAUGGACUUACACCGUUUUUUUAAUUUUUAAACCUUUAUAUUAUUUGGGUAUUAUUGACUGUAAGUAAUUAUAUGUUUUUUUAAGUUUUUGUUUGUGGCUUUUGUGUUAGAUUGGUAGGGUAGGGUGAGAAAUGGAAUAGAAAGUUGAUUGUCUUGAAAAAUAUUUUUAUUAGCAAAUUUCAUGUGUUGCUGGAGUUUGCAACUGGAUCUCAUGGACAAUACUGGAUGGUUUGAGGACACCUUUCCAAGUAGAGAUUGCUUUAUGGUGCUCUGCAUAGGAGUCUGGUAGUCUGGUGCUGAUACCUAUUCUUGUUUGUCUCUCUACUGCUAUUUUCUAAUUGAUUAUGUAAACAAACGAAUUUUUCAAAAGUUUGAUCAAUUAUUUCAAUUUUUAAUUUGAAUUUGUAUUAGUAAAAUUAUAUGAUCUAUCUCGUCACCUUUACAGGUCCUAGUUUGGUUUCAUAUUGAAGCCACGUACUCUUAAUGCACUCUUUCUCAAACUAAGUGUAGGUGUAUUAUGACAUUCUUACUAUUGGUUCCAUGCUUAUCUAGUUAUAGGGAAUUAUUUCAAAGUUACUUUUUAAUGUUAUGAGUUGUAGAUUUAUCUCAUUCAUUUGUGAUAUUUGAUGUAUUUUAUUUGGCUUGCUAGCCUUUGAACGCUAGAAAAAGGACAAAUAUAUGUUUUGUUCUUACCCUUCUAGCCCCAUUUUUUUCAAGUUAUAUAAAUUUGUUUGUAUCUGUUAUGGCUUACUUUACCUUUACUGGUUAGAGCCCCUUUUACUCCAACAUCUCUAAGGGGAAGUAGCUCACAGUAUUUAUGACAGGUCAUUGUCCAAUAGAAACCUUAAAUUAAAUGUUGUAUGAAUUUUGUGUUUAUUGUUGAUUUGGCUGCGGGAGCAUGCCAAUUAUUUUAAGUGAUUGAAGGAGGCUUUUAGUGUUUAGCAGCAUUGGUAAUUGUCAAUUUUGUAGCUUUUCUCACUUUUGCUGAGGUCUCUGAAACAGUAAUGGUCUUUCUUUUUACAGAGGCAUUUUGUCAAUUAAUGAUUACAAAUCAUUCCAAAGAACAUACUUCAUUGUAUCACAAGUUUAAAAGGUAGAAAAAAAUGAAGCAGCAAGUUUGAAAUGUGCCAUUGGUGUAACUGAUGCAGGAAGUAGGGAUUCACAUGGAUUCAUACAUAUCCUUGUACACUAUUUUUCUUGUUGUCAUUAGUUAGGUACUUUGAUUUAAAAUCUUAUUGCAUUCCUCUCGCCUGGUCUGGAUCUCAAUAUCCAUGUGAAGAAAUUGAAAUAUUUCUAUCAAACAUUAAAACUUCUUUGAUAUUAUACUGAUUACAACAGCAAAAAGGGUACCUCCUAUUUUGUGUAACUGAGCUGGCUGAGGACCAUACUUAAAAAGAUUACCUCAUAAGGUGAUUUUUGUCCUCAAUUCCUGUUCUGUGUCUCUAACAUGUUCUGUGUUGGAGAUUGAGACGGGUUGUAUGGGUCGAAAAGUACAGCAAAUGUGGCCACUUUGUGGUCACCAGGGACAAAACGUGUCGAGUUUCUGCUAAAGCCCCUUUCUAUAAUCGUCUGCCUAUCUAAAAAAUAAACAAUAUGACUCGCCUGGAGAAAGAGUAGCUUAUCAUUAAUAUUUAGAUCCUUAAUCUCUUUCUUUAAACACUUCCUUGUGUGAUGUCUUUUUCCUCUUGUUACGGACGACAUUUAUCUAUAUACUGUAGCUGAAAUUCUUGUCAUUCUAUGACUUUCAUGUUAUUUGCACAUAAAGCUUCACUAAAAGACCACAUGUAUGUAUCACUUACAUAAAUGCUUAAAAAUAAUAACUUGAUCCCUUAAAACGAAAAGAGUUAUCUCAAGUUUGUAGUAAGUACAAAGCACAGUCUUGCUUUGCAUGAAAGCUAAGAAAUCAGUAAUGUUAACUGUAAGAAUGUUAUAAAUUUGGGGUUGUUAAUUAUUGCCCCUUCAUAGUCUACUGCUAUGUUCCCAGAAUACUUCGUUGUUCCAUUAGCUUAUGUUUUGUGUGGUCUGUAGUAUAGCAAGUCCCAACAUUUGAGAUGUUUUUAAGAAGUUUGGCAUGGAACACCAUUGCUUUUGAAGUACCUAAAAUGGUGAAGAGUAAGUUUGUAUUCCAGCUUUGUUGUUUUUGUUAUCAAGUCAUGUAUAUAAUUAAUUAAUUCCUCAAAUCUGGUUGACUUGAGAUUCAUAAAUCAUGGGUCACAAUCAUACAUCAUGUGGAUUAAAUUUGUGAAGUUACAUUGCCAUUGCACACUAUUAAACACAUGGUUGAAGCAGUAGUUUUUCCCUCCAAGAUUUGGAUGUUUCCAAAGUUGAACUUUACUAUUAUUUCUGAUUUGUAUGGUAACCUAUCGCCUAACAAACAGAUUGUAUUGCUUUUGUUUACUUUGCAAGUGACCAUACUGAAUUGUUAUUUAUUAAAUAAUUUAUGAAAGAAUAAAAGCAUGUUAUUAGAAGAGAUUA